AUGGCCGGGAAACAAUAUAAGUCAAGCAGGGAGUCUUCCGUUGAUGUUGAUGAUAUGAAAUUUAAGUAUACCAAGAAAGCUUUAAAUUAUGACCAACUUGGUGCUAAAUGGCUACUUCAAAAGGCUCCAUCCUCUGAAGGACAGUAUAGGACUUGGUUAAUUAUUGUGACUUUACUUGCUGCCUUUGUCAGAUUCUACAAAUUAUGGUAUCCAAAAGAGGUUGUGUUCGAUGAAGUCCAUUUUGGUAAAUUUGCAUCCUACUAUUUAGAAAGAUCUUAUUUCUUCGAUGUUCAUCCUCCAUUUGCUAAGAUGGCAAUUGCUUUUAUUGGUUGGUUAUGUGGUUAUGAUGGUUCCUUUAAAUUCAAUGAAAUUGGUGACUCUUAUGAAACACACCCUGCACCAUACUUGGCUUAUCGUGCUUACAAUGCUAUUUUAGGGACUUUAACUAUUCCUUUAUUAUUUAACACUUUGAAGGAAUUGAAUUUCAGAGCUACUACCUGUGCUUUGGGUGCCUUAUUGGUUGCUAUUGACAAUGCCCAUGUUAUCGAUUCUAGAUUAAUCUUAUUAGAUGCAAUGUUACUUGUCACUAUUGCCUCUACCUUCUAUUGUUAUACUAGGUUCUACAAGGAACAAUUAAAACAACCUUUCACAAAGCAAUGGUUCAUUUGGUUGCAUCUAACCGGGGUAUCAUUAUCCCUUGUCAUCUCCACCAAAUACGUUGGUGUAAUGACUUAUGCUGCUAUUAGUAUUGCUGUUGCCAUUAAUUUAUGGCAGUUAUUGGAUAUUCGUUCCGGUUUAUCUUUGAAGAAAUUUUAUAAACAUUUUGUGACUAGAUUAGUCGCUUUGGUUAUUAUUCCAUUUGCACUUUACUUGUUUUGGUUCUGGGUUCAUUUCACAAUCUUAAACACUUCUGGUCAAGGUGAUGCAUUCAUGUCUGCGGAAUUUCAAGAAACUUUGAAGGAUUCUGAAGCUACUAUAAAUUCCAAACCGGUCAACUAUUACGAUAUCAUUACCAUUAAACACAAGGAUACUAAUGCUUUCUUACAUUCUCACUUGGCUUAUUAUCCAUUACGUUAUGAAGAUGGUCGUAUCUCUACUGAAGGUCAACAGGUCACUGGUUACCACGCAGCUGAUGUCAACAAUCACUGGCAAAUUAUACCUUUACUAGAUUCACCAAAAUCAUCUUCUGAUCCAUUAUUAUUAGGUGAUCACUUCAGAUUGAAACAUGUCGUUACAGAUACCUUCUUAUUAACCCAUGAUGUUGCAUCUCCCUUAUAUCCAACCAAUGAAGAAGUUACUACUGUUAAUGAAGAAUUAGCUAACGGUGAAAAAUAUAAACAAACAAUUUUCGAAUUUCAACCAAUCUCUAAGAAUGAUGUAGGUUACACUGUGAAGACACAACUGACAUCAUUCCGUAUCUUCCACAUUGACACUGCAGUAGCACUUUGGUCUCAUAACGAUGAACUCUUACCUGAAUGGGGGUUUAACCAACAAGAAGUUAAUGGUAAUAAGAAGAUUAAAGAUGACGGUAACGUCUGGACUGUCGAUACUAUCGUCAAUCUAGACGAGUCAAGAAAUGUUUAUGUACCAAAGAAAGUGAAGAAACUACCAUUUUUCACUAAAUGGUACGAAUUACAAAACUUGAUGUUUGAGCAUAACAAUAAGUUAACCUCAGAGCAUCCAGCUGCAUCUCAACCACAGUCAUGGCCAGGCAGUUUGAGGGGUGUAUCUUUCUGGACUAAAGAAGCAGAGAGAAAACAAAUUUAUUUCAUUGGUAACAUUAUCGGGUUUUGGUUCGAAGUCAUUUCUAUCUGUCUUUAUCUAGGUAUUGUUGCUGCUGAUCUACUUACCAGAAAGCGUGAUUAUUUUGCAUUAAAUAAAAUCACUAGAGAAAAACUUUAUUGUCCAUUAGCCUUCCUACUUUGUGGUUGGGCAUGUCACUAUUUCCCAUUCUUCUUAAUGGGGCGUCAAAAAUUCUUACACCACUACUUGCCAGCUCAUUUGAUUGCAGCUUUGUUUACUGCUGGUCUUUGGGAAGUAAUUUUCAGUGAUUGUAAAUCUAUUAAUGUGGAAAAAGAUGAAGAAAUUCCAGGAGCACCAUUUGAAAUGACCCCAACAGUGUAUACAUUCUUCUUAAAUUUCUUCUUUAUUCUAGUAACUAUAGGUGUCAUCUCUUUCUUCAUUUUCUUUGCUCCAUUAACAUACGGUGAUGUUGCUUUGACUCCAAAGGAAAUUGUUCUAAGACAAUGGUUUAACAUUGUUUUAAGUUUCUCUAAAUAA